UAAUGGCCCAAACCCAAUUGCUCCUAUUGAUGAUAAAGGGAUAGCCUUCUCAUUCUUUCUCCACCGGAGCUCCUCUGUGAAACCCAUGGCUGCCACCGCCUGCUCCUCUCUCAGCUCCAUUCGAGUAAUAGGUAUAGGAUCAUCCCCUUUGACUCCCAACCAUGGAAAUUCAAAUUUCUGUAGAGGCUUCAAGUACCAUCCUCAAAGAAAUCCAAACUGCAAAUUCCAAGCAAUCAAAUGUAGCUCAUCUUUGUUGGGUUCUUUUACCUCUUCCAAGAGUCUUCUGUCAUUGGCCUAUGUCAUCCCUCCAUUAAAGCCAGCUGCUGCUUACGAAGCUGCAAGGACUAUCCCCUUUACCUUGCAAGAUGCAUCAAUGGCUGCCUCUGAUUUUGUGAACAGUAUGACUUUGGCUGACCUCGACCCAGGAACGGCAAAGCUUGCGAUCAGCUUUCUGGGGCCGUCUCUCUCGGUGUUUUCGUUUUUGUUUAUUGCUAGAAUAGUAAUGUCUUGGUAUCCCAAGUUGCCUGUGGGGAAGUUUCCAUAUGUCAUAGCUUAUGCCCCCACUGAACCACUUCUAGUUGCAACAAGGAAGGUGAUCCCUCCUCUCGGCGGAGUUGACGUAACACCAGUUGUCUGGUUCGGAUUGAUUAGUUUCCUCAAUGAGAUAUUGCUCGGUCCCCAAGGGCUCCUUGUCCUCCUUUCUCAACAAGUCAGCUAAAUCUUGAUGAGAAUGCUCAAGAGAAACAUUCUUUUGUUUUUUAGUUCUGUAUAUGUAACUGUUCUUAGCUGAGCCUCUUUGGUUCCAAAAGGCAAAGAAUUUGAAAACUUGAAAUUCCUAAUGAAGAAAAUUUUCCUCAUCCCA